AUGGCUUCGUUUUGCAACGGCCGCUGUUUGUUGCUCUUGCCAUUAGGCUUCUCUUGUCUUCUAGUUGUUCUGUCUUUCGCUGAUCAGGCUAAAGAAACUGUUGGCCCCUUUAAUUCUCUAUAUAACAUUGGCGACUAUUCAUCUUCAUCAGCUGCUGAUCAUAUUGCUGCAACCCUCAAUCUGCCUUCUCCACAACCCCACAACCAACAAGGCACUGAAUUCUUCGAGUCCGGUCUUAAUUUUGCCACCCCCGGAGCUACCAUCAUGAGCCCUUUUUUCUUCGUCAAAAAUGGCAUCAAACCACCUCCACAGUCUCAUGAGCUAUCCCCGAUUGUCACAUUCAUGAAGUUCUUCUAUAAAGACUGCUUCUCUUUUCAGGACUGUGGCAAAAACAAGGUUCUUCGGAAAGCUCUCAUCUUUAUGGAUCAACCUGGAAUCAAUGACUAUAAACAGGCCUUCUUACAUGGAAAAUCUAUUUCCGAGGCGUCUCAUCUUGUGCCUGAAGUGGUGGAGACCAUUAAGAAUUCAGUUGAAAGACUCAUCAAUGAAGCUGAAGCCAAAACUGUUAUGGUUUCUGGAAUUCUACCCAUGGGCUGUUUACCGGGUUUUAGGAGAUUUGAUUCCGAGAUAAGGAGCAUUUUUGGAGCUAAAAUAAAUAUUUUGAAACUUUGA